CAAACGAUUAUUUGAACAGAGGCCAAGGUCCAAAACCAACAAUCAAAGCAGACUGCCUUGUUGCAUAUAUUCAUUUCAAGUUGUGCAGCUUGUGUCUCUAUUUUUUAAAGAUCAAUCCCUCGUCGGCUUCAAAGCCACCACCAACACCGCCACAAUGCUCGGCAAAAUUGCCCUCGAAGAAUGCUGGACCAUCCCUGAAGAGCUCGAAAACAACAAUCCCUCCAGAUUCGUCCCCGCUGGUACCGGUGACCGCCUGACGAACGAGCUCAUGGACAUCCAUUCACACCGUCUGCGACAAAUGGACGAGAACGGUGUGGACUUCAUGGUCCUGUCGUUCAGCUCUGCUGGUUGCCAGGGCCUUGCCGACAAGGCGACGGCGGAAGCGCAAGCUACACUCGCGAAUGAUCGUCUAGAGGCCGAAGUUAUGAAAAACCCGGUGCGAUUUGCGGCUUUUGCGGCCCUGAGCAUGCACGAUCCAAAACAGGCGGCGGAGGAGUUGACGAGAUGUAUGACACAGAAGAAGGGGUUUGUGGGGGCUCUGCUGAAUGAUUUCCAGUCAGCAGGGCCAGAUGGGAAUACGAUGUUGUUUUAUGACAUGAAGGAAUAUGAUGUAUUCUGGAAGGCGGCUAAUGAUUUGAAAGCCCCUGUGUAUCUGCACCCAAGGUUACCGACCCCUCUGAUCCACGAGCAGAUGUGGAAGGAUAGGCCAUGGUUGAACUUUUCGGCACUGGGAUAUGCGGAUAGGUUGAAUAUGCAUGCUUUGGGUAUUAUUACCAAUGGUGUCUUGGAUCGCUUUCCAGACGUGAAAAUUUUGUUGGGGCACAUGGGGGAACAUAUUCCGUACGACUUGUACCGCAUCGACCACAAGCUCGACCGUGAGCGCUUCCCAGACUUGCCUAUGGCGCGGGACAAAUUAGUACGUGAUUACUUCGGCUCUCAAGUAUUCAUCACCACAUCGGGCCACUUCUCCACUCCGGCUCUGCUCUGUGCCAUGGCAGAGAUUGGUGUCCGAAGCGUCAUGUUUUCUAUAGACUAUCCAUUCGAGAGCAUCCCAAAUGGCUGCGCAUGGUUUGAUGAGCACGUGCAGGCAACGAUUAACCAGCACGACUUGGUGGAUAUUGGGCGAAAUAAUGCUUUGAAGGUGUUACCGAAACUGAUGGAAGCGCCGCAUAACUUGAAGCCAAUGACGCCCAGUGAGGCGCAGGUUGGCGGGUUGCGGGAUGGAAAAGUUACGUAUGGGAUGUACAAUGAGCAUUGGAGUAAGAGGCUGGUGAAGAUGGAGCCUGCGAAUUAGGAUAGAAG